UCAAUUUGUUCUUUUGUUGACUACUGAAUGGUAACUUAUUCUGAUUUUUCUUUAGGAAAACUAAACUUUAACUUAUAUAAUCAUUACUUACAAUCAACAACAGAAGUAUUUUAAUUGUUCACAAAUGAUAUAUCAAACUGUUCUUCAGUUAGGUGGACUGGAUAAUGUUUAACUUUGUCUUUAUCUACUCAUGUACUCAGAAAUAAAAGUUCUGCUGAAAGACACUAGUGCUAGGAAUUUCAAAAGUUCAGUGCAAAUGAGCAGAUUAGUUCAGAAAUUUGAGGAAAGUUAUGGCUUCAUCAACUGAUCGAUCGUUUAAAGUGGAGACAACUAAGGCUAUAUUAAAGCACUUUUUCCGUGGAGAUAAAACAAAACUGAUGGAAGAAGCAGGUCAGCUGGUUGCAGAAGUUGCAAGCCUGGCUGUAGUGGAGGCAACACUACGAGCGGGAAAACAAGCCAAGACCGAAGGAUCCACAGUUAUACAGGCCGAACAUGUUGAAAAAGUUCUUCCCCAGCUGAUUACAGACCUUUAAAUGGAUUUCUUCUUCUUCAUUAAUUGGAUACUAAUUUCAUCCAAACAAAGUUGUUGUCUCAAUCCAG